AUGAGCUAUUGGCCAGCUUACGAUUCGCCUCAAUGGACCGCGACGUCUUACGGUAUGUCUAAUUUGAUUCAUUCAGGCAGCGUUGAGCUUGAGUUUGCUCAAAAUUCGGCAAAAUCGGUUUCAAAACAGAGGAGGAAAGCUGGCAAUGUUUCAGCUCCUUCCGAAUCGCCGUCGUCGAUGGGCGAUGUGAACCAGCUGGGUGGUUUCUUCGUGAACGGUCGUCCACUUCCAAUGGCUUUGAGGGUUCGUAUCAUCGAACUCCAUCACUCCGGCAUUCGGCCUUGCGACAUCUCACGGCAGCUCAGAAUCAGUCAUGGAUGUGGAUCAAUCGAACCGGGCACAAUCGGUGGAAGUAAGCCGCGAGUGACGACGCCAAAGGUAGUCGAGUACAUUCGCCUAUUGAAGUACUCAGAUCCAGGAAUUUUCUCAUGGGAAAUCCGAGAUCGACUUGUAAACGACGGGAUUUGCAAUAAGGAUAGUGUGCCUUCCGUCAGCAGCAUCAGUCGUAUACUACGCAGUAAGACUCCCAAAGGUCUGGAAUCGCUGCAAUUUUUACCGUAUCCACGAUGUCCACAAUCGGAGCAUUUAGCCUUGCAGAUGCACUACAACCAGCACAAUAUUAAUUUCAGUAAACUCGUUCCGAAGCUGUGGUCAAUCAGACAACCAAAUGUGUCCCACUACGCUGUCCCGAUGCUGAACACGAGUUGGACCAUGGGUCUUUCAUCUCAGUUGGUUCUGGAUCUGGUGGAACCUGAAAAGGAAAUUAAUCGACUAGCAAAU